AUGUCUGACGGGAUUGCUAAGUGCUUUGCUAAUUGUGGGAUUAUUGAAUUAAAAGAACGAGGUAAGGAAACCCGACCUAUUGCUCUUUACGAGCAAAUUGUUUUGGAUUUUCCAGUUAAUAAGGAAGUAGCGGCAAAAAGAAAGGAUGCUAGUUUGUCAGUUCGGAUUAAUCAAAGAG